UUUUCUGAAUUAGAAAAGGAAACGAAAAUGAAAGAAGGCGUGCUUCCCUUUUCCCAAGGAAGAGUAUCUACGCGUACGAAGAGUCGUCGAGCCGCGCAUUGGCUGUUGAUAGCUAUUCUAGGAUCGCUAUUGGUGACAUGGAAUUACUUGGGACCGGAUAAUUCUCUCACUUCCUUUUCUUCGAAGAAACAUGAAUUCCAGAAAUGCUCGAUUGAUACAUUCCGAGCAACAGGGCUGGAAUUUCUGAAAACCGCGGAACGCCCACCGUUGGAAGAGUAUGUUCUGCGCAGAAACAACCUCGCGAAAGCACUUGUCGCGGAUGGGAUCGACGCCUUUGUCGUUGAGCCGGGUUACACGUUUAGCUACUAUGCCAACGUUACACAGCCAGAAUGGGAAGUUUGGGAGCCUGAAGAGCGACCAUUCGUCAUGGUGAUACGGCCUCAAGAAACACCAGAUGGAUCCAUCGUCGCCAACACAACCUUUCUCGUGCCACACUUUGAGGAAGUGCGAGCACGACUCCUCAACAUGCCAUUCGUAGAGGAGAUCUCCACCGUCACCUACGAAGAGCACUGGAACUACUACACCACGUUAUGGGAGUCUCUCAUAUGGGGUGAGAAACUCUCACCGAAGCUUAUGGUUGAUGAAGAGAUGCGCGACUUCAUCCAGCGUGGCUUGGGUGAGAAUGGCUUCACCAUUGUUGGCUUGAGUGGCGAGGUAGAGGCUGUGCGCCAGACCAAAACCGAGCGAGAAAUCGGCAUUCUGCGCGCAGUGAAUACGGGGACGGUCGAGGCGAUUCGUGCUAUGCGGCAGUGCCUCUACCGUGGGGUCACUGAGAAUGAAGUCGUUGAGGUGCUGGAUAACACGAUGCGCGCUGCAGGCAUGGACCCCUUCUUCAACAUCGUCGAGUUCGGUAAAUCAGCUGCCCUACCACACGGAGGACACGACGGAACGCGAACCUUGCAACCGGGCGACUUCAUUCUCAUCGACGUGGGCUCACACCUUUACGGCUACAGCAGCGACGUGUGCCGCACAUUCUACCCACCCUUCUUCCCAAACCCUCCACCACCAGAGUACAACCUCACCGAACAUCUUGAUGUUUGGCAAUUGGUCCUUGAUGCACAGGCGGCGUCGGUGAAAGCUAUGGUGGAGAACGGCACUGCCGCUGCUGUUGAUAUUGCCGCCCGCACUCUGAUUGAAUCUGCGGGAUAUGGGAAGGAGUUCACGCACCGUCUAGGCCAUAGUAUUGGGAUUAAAGCCCAUGAAUCGCCCUAUCUUAACAAGGGAAACUUUGGCGCAAUACUUCGACCGGGCAUGGUGUUCACGAGCGAGCCGGGUGUUUAUGUGCUGAACCAUUUUGGUGUGAGACACGAAGAUAUUCUGGUUGUUAGGGAAGAUGGGGAGGCGGAGAAUAUCAGCGGUGGGUUUGCUCGCAGCCCUUGGGAGCCUUGA